GCGUGAGUUUCCCAUGAUGCAUUGGAUUGGAUUUGCGCACUUUUAUUUUCACUUUCAUUCUCUUGGCUCGUGAGCGGUCAUCGCGGCCCGGUUCCGUGAGUACACGGUCAGGACUACUGAGGGUUCGGGAGAUAGUAUUUCAUGAAGCUUAAACCUCAAAAACAUGUCCCUGCUGGUACUCCUCCUGUGUUUGUUCUCCGUGUCAUCGUCCUGGACUGCGGCGACACAAAACAGAGAAGAAAACCAGUCCUCCUUCCCCAAAUCCACCAGCGGAGAGACAUUCCCCUGGAACAAGAUGAGGCUCCCCCAGACCGUCUCUCCGUUCCAUUACACCCUCCUCAUCCACCCCAACCUCAGCAGCCUCGACUUCAGCGGGAGCGUGAAGAUCCGAGUGGACGUCCUAGAGGACACUCACACCGUCGUCCUCCACAGCAAGGAGCUCAACAUCUCCAGGGCUGGUCUGAGAGGUUUGGCUGAAGGUCAGAGCCAGGCACUGAAGGUGCUGGAGUAUCCUGCCUACCAGCAGAUCGCUCUCGUCAGUGAAGACAUGGUGCUGAGGAAAGGAAGCGUGUACGUCAUCGAGCUGGAGUUUGAGGCCAAACUGUCCGAGAGCUACCAUGGGUUUUAUAAGAGCACGUACCGCACCAGGGAUGGAGAGGAACGGGUUCUGGCCUCCACUCAGUUUGAGCCCACGAGCGCUCGAGCAGCUUUCCCCUGUUUCGAUGAACCUGCAUUUAAAGCCAAAUUCACUAUUCAGAUUCGCCGAGAGAGCAGACACAUCGCCAUCUCCAACAUGCCCAAGCUGAGGACGCUGCCUCUCGCAGGAGGUCUGUUUGAGGACCAGUUUGAUGAGACAGUGAAGAUGAGUACGUACCUGGUGGCCUUCAUCGUGUGUGACUUCCUGUCUAUCAGCAAACCCAGUCAGCAUGGAGUCCAGAUCUCGGUGUACACCGUACCUGAGAAGAUCCAGCAGGCCGAGUUUGCCCUGGACGCUGCAGUCAAGCUGCUGGACUUCUACGACGAUUAUUUCGACAUCCCCUACCCUCUCCCUAAACAAGAUCUGGCCGCCAUCCCGGACUUCCAGUCAGGCGCGAUGGAGAACUGGGGUUUGACCACCUACAGAGAGUCAGCUCUGCUGUUUGACCCCCACAAGUCCUCAGCCUCCGACAAGCUGGGCAUCACCAUGAUCAUCGCACACGAGCUCGCUCAUCAGUGGUUCGGUAAUCUGGUGACGAUGGAGUGGUGGAAUGAUCUCUGGCUGAAGGAAGGCUUCGCUAAGUUCAUGGAGUUUGUGUCUGUGAACAUCACCAACCCCGAGCUGCAAGUGGAGGAUUAUUUCCUUGACAAGUGUUUCGAGGCGAUGGAGGUGGACUGUUUAAGCUCCUCCCACCCCGUGUCCACCCCUGUGGAGAACCCUGCUCAGAUCCAGGAGAUGUUCGAUGACGUGUCUUAUGAUAAGGGUGCAUGUAUCCUUCACAUGUUGAGGGAGUUCCUGAGCCCUGAAGACUUUAAGUUGGGGAUUGUCGCCUACCUGAAACGCUACAGCUACCAGAACACCGUGAACACACAUCUGUGGGAGAGUCUGACCGCUAAGCAGCACUCUGAAGACGAGGUGGACGUCAGGGCGAUGAUGGACACGUGGACCCUGCAGGAAGGCUUCCCGCUCAUCAAGGUGGAGGUCAGAGGUCGUGAAGUGCGCCUGAGUCAGGAGCGCUUCCUGAAGGGCGGGGACUCGUCCCAAACCUCUGGAUUCCUGUGGCACGUUCCUCUGACAUACAUCACCAGCAGCUCAAAGACAGUGCAUCGCUUCCUGCUGAAGACCAAGACAGAUGUGCUGUACCUGCCUGAGGAAGUGGACUGGAUCAAGUUUAACGUGGACAUGAGCGGAUAUUACAUCGUCCAUUACGAGGGCUGGGGUGACCUCAUCUCUCUGCUCAAACACAACCACACGGCUCUGAGCAGCAAAGACCGGGCCAGUCUCAUCAACAACGCCUUCCAGUUGGUCAGCGUAGGGAAGCUGCCACUAGACAAAGCUCUGGACCUGUCACUGUAUCUGAGCCAGGAGACCGAGAUCAUGCCCGUGUUGCAGGGCUUCAGCGAGCUCGUGCCACUUUACAAGCUGAUGGAGAGGAGAGAUACACUGGAGGCACUGGAGAACCAGAUGAAGAGCUACAUCGUGCACCUGUUCCACAAGCUGAUUGAUCAGCAGGUAUGGAGUGAUGAUGGAUCAGUUUCUCAGAGGAUGCUGCGCAGUUAUCUGCUCCUGUUCGCGUGUGUGAGGGGUCACCCACCCUGCAUCGCCACUGCCAGCGAGCUCUUCAACAAGUGGAAGGAGUCUGAUGGCAAAAUGAGUCUUGCCAAUGACGUGAGUCUGGCAGUGUUUGCUGUCGGGGCUCGCACUGAGGAAGGAUGGAACUUCCUGUUUGAGAAGUAUCGUGAAACACUCUACACUUCUCUGAAGAUCCGGAUCAAGUCGGCACUGUCCAUCACUCCUCUGGCUCACAAACUGAAAUGGAUGAUGGAGCAGAGUUUGGAGGGUUCGGUGAUGAAGACACAGGACCUGCCCCAUGUCGUGGUGUCCAUCAGUAGGAACCCUAAAGGUUAUAAACAGUCCUGGGACUUCCUGAGGGCAAACUGGCACUCGCUGGUGAAGAAGUUCGACCUCGGUUCCCACUCCAUAGCGCACAUGGUGACAGGCGUGACCAGCCAGUACUCCACCAGAGAGAAGCUGGAGGAGAUUCGCAGCUUCUUUGGUUCCCUGAGUGCUGAGACGGGCUCUGAGCUGAGGUGCAUCCAGCAGGCGCUGGAAAAUGUGGAGGAGAACAUCCGCUGGAUGGACAAGAACCUGCCACUGCUGCAGGCCUGGCUGGAUAAGAACCAUCCGGAAUCGCAGAAGCACUACGACUUGCAUACUGACCUGUGACGAGGCAAAAACAGCCAGCACCUUAUCGUCCACCUGAUGACAGCUUUACAGUGAAGAAAAUACUGAGACGUGUGUGUGUGUGUGUGUGUGUGUGUGUUAGAGAGAAUUUACAGGAUGCACACUGUGAAGUAAACUGUGGAAUCUUGGAAGGUUCUUAGAAGGUUUACUUAAAACGUUUUUAAUUCAUAAAUAUUUGGUGUUGCUGUUUUUUUUUAGAGUUUAUUUAUCAUCAUUAUUUGGCCCUUAUUUUGUCGCAGCUCUUAUUCCCGUCCUGGUCUUUAGAAACCGAAUACAAAUUACAUUAGCUUCUGUGUAAUUAUAAGAAUUAUUAUUACACAAGGCAAUAAAAUUCAUUCAUUUUAUCAAUUGUUUCUGAAUAUGUGAAAGUGCAGACUAUCCUCAUGCUCACAGAGAAACCAACUUCGUUAGCAUAAAUACAAAAUAAGAGUCUUUUCCAGCGCACCAAAUGGAUGUCAUACUUUUUUAAGGCACUUUUGUGAUAUUUAAAUUUGAGACCUAACUUUUAUUUUUUAUUUUUUGACAUUCUGCUGUUCUACUGGUUUAUAUUUCACAUUGUAUUUUUUUUGUGUGUGUGUCGAGUUUUAAUGGAUUAGAUAUAAAUU